CAAAAAAAAAAAAAUGUUGUUGCACUUAUUGUGUGCAGCUGUGGAUGGGAGUGUUCAGUGGAACAAUUAAAAGGAAAAAGUGUUACUUAAUCGAGGAGUGAUAAGUGAAGAAAAGACACCAGAGAAACACAGGGGGAAAUAAUUUGAACAAAGUGUUGUUCUGAAUGGUCGUUUUUGGAUUUUAGAAUAUUGAAAUGAGAACAUGGGAAACCAAAGAGAGAUGCACAAGGGUCAUAUUGACUAAUGCAUUUCUCUCUGUUAGUGUGCACCCAGUAGUUUAAUUAAAGCACCUCUACCCCUUAGACGCCCCUCAUUGACAUUUACAGUGGGUCAAUGAGCCUUAAUGUUCCCCAGAGUAUCUCUUCCUCUCCAGAUGCUUUACUUUUUACAAACCUUAAAAUAAAUCCAAUCUGGGAGAAAGACGUUCCUGUCUCUGCAGAUGGAAACUUAUUGCUUAAACUCCCUACUUCUGUAAAUAGAGACUCCCGUUUACCUGUCUCUAUCAGUCCCCUUUUUUAAACUGCAGGCCUCCAGAUUUACUGUGUGAUUUAUUUUUCGGAUUUUUAAGUGAUGAAUCAGACAAAUACCUCCUCAAAUUUUUCCAGCUUGGAAAAGAUCUAAACAGAGAUCACACUUUUACAAUUUUCUUGCUUCCAAAACUUCAAGGUUAUCCUUUUCAGCUUAUUUACUUCCAGCUGCCACACAUCCACUUUACCUGUUGUAGCUUUCAAUGUUGCAGCUGAUUGGUGACUAUAAAAGAAUGUGUUAAUUACUAAGCUUUAGUGGUUUUAUGUUUUUUUUAUUUCAUCUUUAGAGCGCUCUACUAGCUCUUUUUGAGUCUGUCUCUCUUAAAAACUAGUCGGAUAGUGUUAAGAAGUCCAGAGAUAUCUUUUUUUUCCUGCAAAGAAAAAAUUUGGUAAACUUUAUGGCAACAUAAAGUCUAAUUAAUCCGUUAGUGGAUUUGCUGGCAUAAAUUUGCAUGAAAGGUGGGGAACAGCAAAAUUUCUAAGUGAUUGUUUUUUAUUUUGUCCAACAAAUCCAGAGUAUUGUUUUUUAUAAAAUCUUGAUCCAGGUAUGUAAUUAUCAGUCUGCUAUUGUAGCUGCUGCUUUUUCACUGCUUGUUUUUUUUUUUUUUUUUCAUUGCUAUUACAGAAAAUACCUAAAACACAUGCAUCUCCGGAUAAAACCACAUCAAUGCUGUCUGGCAUCUUGACAAUAUCCAGCAUGAUGCAGAGGAAUAAAAUAAAGAUUAGCGUGAGUCGCUCCUCGUCAGUCGCAGAGCAACAAAAUAUGGCACGGUUCACACAGUGUGUACACACAGAGGGAUGCUCGACUAUGACGCCUACCUUACUCCUCAUGGAACCCCCUCUUCCUUUUCCUCUGCUCUGCCGUCACCAUGGAUACAAUGAUGCAGGUUACCGUGGCAGCCGAGUGAACCCCAAACCCACACAAAGGAGCACGUGCAUUUGCUUUACGUACGCAUGUUAUGACGUCAAACGGUUAAGUUUCUUUUGGCUAUUUCCGGAGGGGACGGGGGGCAACAGAAAACGGCAGUGUUCAUAUUUAUAUUGGUCACUAUGGUUUCUGUGUUGAGAAAUCACUUUUCGUCGCUUCACACUUUUCAGCUUUAAUCUGGGCAAAUAAUAGGAAUAAAAUCUUUAUGAUCCAAAUUCCAUCUAUAGUCGUCAAAACUGUGCAUAUGUGAGUCUUGAAAUGAAUUGUUCUUGUGUUUAUUCCACUGGAUGGAGUUUUCUAAAGGUUUGCAGGCUAUCCUGCCAUCUAGUGUUCAUGUUGCUUAUGGUUGAUUUAAUGUUCAGAUCAGGAGCUUUCAAGCUUGCAGACAUGAUCAGACAUCAAAAUAAAGCCAAAUUGUACCAAAUUCCACUUGUAAAUUAUAUUUAAGGCAAAUGUUUGACUGUCAUGCAUGGCAUAAGUUGUCUUAUUUUAUUCUCUUUAAAUUAUUUAAAUGUCUGACUCCUGUUGAGGAUCAAACUGAAGUUUGUGUGCCAUUGCACAUGUGAAACAAAGCAUUGAAGCCAACUACCUAAUUGUGGGUUAUGAGUAUUUGUCCACACAAGCAUUAUGUGUCUUAUCCCAUGUGGGAUUUACUCCAACUUCUUAGCAGUAAUCUCAUUUCAUCCAAUCCCGCCUUCCUUGCUUCCCUACAAGAUGCUCUCAGGGACUCAUAAACACACAUGAAGGCUGCUUUUACUCAUUUAGACCGGCAAACAUUCAUGUUGUUGGACUACUGCUGUCGUUGCUGUGGAGUCACACUCAUAAAACGCCAUGGACCCUUCUUCCUCAAGACUACACCCAGCGACACCUGGGUUGUUCUGCAGAAUCUGCUAAUGUGCAUGGUGUGCUUCUACUCUCUCUACUACAUUGUGGUCAGUCUUUGCAUUGGACUCUUCAGGGUUCACGAGAUCAACAGCUUGUUAACGCCAUUUGACUACACGACGCAACCAUCAUGGCAGAACCCCAAAUACUUGGUUGGGGUCAUUUCCACAGAAGUGACUUAUGUUUUAGGAGGGCUGGUGUUCGCGUGGAUUGUGGAGGAGUGGGUCUGGGAUUAUGCAAUAACUGUCACGCUGCUGCACGUUGGGAUGACUGUAGCAGUGAUGUCAGAUUUCCCUUCUGCCGAGCAUUGGUGGAUCGCUCUGGGUUCUGGCCUGGUCAUGAUGAUAUUCGGAGGGCAGCUCCUGGCCUACAAACUCUUCAGGAACAACUUUGUCUAUCCUGCUGAACUGCAGAACUUCUAAUAAAAACAAGGAAAGCUUUUAACUGGCUUAAUGGGUAAUCCCAGGUCAGAAGUGUGCCAGUCAGUUCUCUUUCUGUUUCACUGUUUAAUUCAUGUUUAUAAUGGUGUAGCAAAGUAAAGCCUUUCGGAUAAGAACAUAAAAGAAAACGUGCAUGUAUAUUGUUUGUACUUCAUAACAUGGAUUAGGCAGUAGGUUGCUCCGAACUGUUAAAAUGGCUUCACUUUGCCUAUUGAACGCCACUUUUUUACUCAUUAAAGGUAUUAUUUUGUAUUGUUUAUUUUCAGACAUCUUUCAAUAAGCCAACUUUGACAGAACCAGGUAAUAUUUUAUAGCUGAAACAUUUGUACGGUUAUAUAAAUCUAUUGAUAAUUAUUUGCUAAUGUAUAUUUCUGACAUCAUUGUACUUAGGAAUAUAACUCAUAACAGACUUACAUUUUGUAAUAAAAUAUCAGGUGUACAUAAAGAAAGACGUGGGCAAUAAAAUCUGUUAUGUGGCAAUGA